AAGGAUUAUCUGCGUUGACCAAUGGCGUGUGCGAGGCUGCCCGCCGCAGUGCCUCCUGGGAACGUACCGAGGACCGCUUCCAAUGGGCGUCUGCGGCCGCGGAAGCUCCAGACAGUAAGAACCUUUACGUUGAAGCAGGAGCAAUGCUGCUCUUCUGUCCGAGCUGCGGAAACGGACUGAUUGUGGAGGAAGGACAGCGUUGCCAUCGCUUCGCCUGCAACACUUGCCCCUACGUGCAUAAUAUCACACGCAAGGUAACAAACCGAAAGUAUCCAAAGCUGAAAGAGGUGGAUGAUGUGCUUGGUGGAGCAGCUGCCUGGGAGAACGUGGACUCCACUGCAGAGCCAUGUCCAAAAUGUGAACAUCCCCGUGCCUAUUUCAUGCAGCUUCAGACCCGUUCUGCAGAUGAGCCAAUGACCACCUUCUACAAGUGCUGCAAUGCUCAGUGCGGACAUCGCUGGAGAGACUAAGGGCAGGACUUACCCAGCUGUAGCUCUGAAUUUUGUGUGCUGAAGGUCUUUGCUGUGUGAUAGGAAGCUAACUCUUCAGUGGUGGAGGACCAGGGUGAAACAGGUCAUCUGCAGGUCAGCAGAUAAAGACCUUAAUGCACAGGGGCCUCAGGUCCUUGGGAAAUACACAUGAGGAUAUUCACUUGGCUUCAGGUUCUAUUUCUUCAUCCUUUGUGUUUAUAUAGUGGGUAGUUGAUAUUUCCUUACUACCAUUAGAACUAGAAACUUGGUUUAUAGCCAAGGAUAAUCUUGAACCUCCUGUUCUUCUUGCCGCUGUCACAAAAGUAUUAGGAUGAUAGGCAUGUGAACUAUGUUCAUUCUGUGCAGUGCUGGGGAUUGAACUCUGAGUCUCAUGCAUGCAGACAAGUACAGACAAGUAACUCAGUCAACUGAGCUAUAUCUCCAGCCAUUUAAUUUUUAAGAUAAUUUUUACUUUUUCUCUCUAGAACGCUUAUAAAAAUAUCCAUAAAAUCAUUGAAAAGCACUUUUAAAUUCAGGACUGACAUGAUACAGCUUGUAUGAUUAAUAACUAAACAAACUUCUGUUAUUUGGAUUUUCUGAAUGAUGUUGAUAGGAUUUUAAAAGUAACCAAAAAAAAGGGCUGGAGAGAUGGCUCAGAGGUUAAGAGCAUUGACUGUUCUUCCAAAGGUCCUGAGUUCAAUUCCCAGCAACCACAUGGUGGCUCACCACCAUCUGUAAUGGGGUCUGGUGCCCUCUUCUGGCCUGCAGGCAUACACACAGACAGAAUAUUGUGUACAUAAUAAAUAAAUAAAUAAAUAUAAAAAAAAAAGAAUUUAAAAAAAAAGUAACCAAAAAUAUUUUCUCUUUCAGCUAGGGAGAAAGGACAACAAUAGAGCCUAUGCCUAGCACUUACAAAAGUCUGUGUUUGAACCACAUUCAAAAACCUAUUAAGAUCUCAAUAAAUUUAGAAAAGUUACUUAUUUAAUCCCAGCACUUGGGAGGCAGAGGCAGGCGGAUCUCUUGAGUUCGAGGCCAGCCUGGUCUACAAGAGCUAGUUCCGGGACAGGCACCAAAGCUACAGAGAAACCCUGCCUCGAAAAACCAAAAAAAAAAAAAAAAGUUACUUAUUUGCUAGAAUUACUAGUGAGAUUACUCUAUAUAGUGGACAUAUUUUUCUAUGAUGGAAGCUCUGGUCCCUUCCAUGCAACUGGACAGUCAUAUACAUGAUAAAGAAUGCAGAUAGUAAGGAAAUCUAAAAUAACAGUAUCCUCCUAUGAACAUAACACAUCUAAUGUUUUCAAAGUCCUUAAAUAGUGGUGUGGAUGAAUAAUUCACAAAUAAAAGCUGACUUUGAAAUCUUUGAUCUGUGGUUAUUUU